UAUUGAUGUAUUCGAGUUUGUAUACAAACAGGCUGAUAUUUGUAUAAUAAUUUAAUUUGAGAUAUCGAGAAUGUCUAAUUGAAAAAACAUAUCAGUAACAAAGAGUGAACAUUCUCUUUGUUAUUUAAAUAUGUCAAUUGCAAUGGAUGUCUUAUAUUAAGGAAACUCCAAAUCAAUCGUAUCCCUUAAAUCCAAAGUAUUUUAGUACAUUCUUCAAAUCUCAAUUCAAGUAUUGAAAAAUGGAUAGUCUAGUUGAGGAACUUGGAAUCCCUAGGAAAUAUCUGAAGAAUACUAUAAGGAAUGAUAUAUUGACUGCAUGUGUACAUAAAUCGUGGUUGAAAUCUCUUGUGAAGUAUUCGAAGCUCAUAGAAUUCAUUGAAAAGUGCAAUAAACAAGAUAUAUGGUCAAGCAAUGAGGAUUCCAAUAUAUUUUGGGAACACAUAUUGGUCCAGGUAUUCAAGAAAUGGGAUGCUAAAGUAUUACCUCUGCCAAGAAUACGAAAAAUUGAUAAUCCAAAUUCACCCCUGUUCCUUAUACAAUUAUUACAAUAUAUAUCUCAAACAAACUAUAGAAAUUUAAGUAAAAGUGCCAAAAAAAAACAUCUCGUUGAGGAUAAAACCAGUAAAGAGAAGCAGAUAACACUUGUUCAGUAUAAUGAGGCUCUAAAGAAUAUAAUCUGUAGAAUAUAUGGCUGUCCUAUCGUCAAUAUUUGUGAUACUACUUUAAAUAUUGAUGCAUCAGAUGAGUUCGAGGUUCAUCUGAAUGUUUUACCAUCAGUAUGCUGCAUAGAAACAUUGAAUUCGAUUUUUCUUAUCCAUAUUCCUCAUAUUGAGUUCACAUUGAAUGAUUGCAUCAAUUUCAGUCCAGCAAUACUUGAGAAGUGUUUCACAAAACCGUUAUUCAUUAUCUAUCAAUUAUUGCAAGUUUUGAAGGGUCUUCAUGAUAGAAGCCUGACUGUGGGUAAUAUUUCCUUGAAUGAUAUUUAUAUCACGGAAGAUUUAUGGAUAUAUGUUAUUCCUGAUAUAACUUCAAAUUUACAUGUACAUAACAGUGAUAAUGAUUUAUUUAAAGAAGAUAGCCAAUAUGAUUGUCUCAAAAAUGGUCAUAUAUUCAAUCAUCAUCUGAAAUGCGAAUCUUGCGGAAUUUGUACAUAUGAUAGAGUCCAGGUUAGUGAUGAGAACCUAGAGAAAUUGUGCCAGUUAUGGAUUGACGGCGAUAUUUCCAACUUUACUUAUAUAACAGCACUGAACAAUCUAUCGGGUAGAAGAAUUGGAGAUCCCAACUGUCACCAUGUUUUUCCUUGGGUUACCGAUUUUGCAUCGCGCUGUGGAAAGAAUUGGAGAGAUCUGAAAAAGUCGAAAUAUCGUCUGAACAAGGGAGACCAACAGCUAGAUCUGACUUUCGAAGGCUCCCAAACGCAGGUCUGCCACCAUGUUUCCGAUGUGUUAUCUGCAAUAACUUACUACGUGUAUACAGCGAGGCGAACGCCAAAAUCGGUGUUGUGCAAAAAUGUAAGAACCAAUUGGGUGCCAGCUGAAUAUCCUAGCUCUAUACAGAGGAUGCAGAAAUGGACACCAGAUGAGUGUAUACCAGAGUUUUUCACUGAUCCCAGUAUAUUUAGGAGUAUUCACGAUGAUUUGGACGACCUUGAGGUGCCCACUUGGUGUACAGGUCCAGAAGAUUUUAUACAAAAGCAUCGGGAAGCACUCGAGAGUCCGCAUGUUUCUGAGAGGUUGCAUCAUUGGAUUGAUCUCACCUUUGGCUUCAAAUUGUCUGGAAAUGCAGCUAUUAAAGCUAAGAAUGUGUGUCUUCAUUUAGCAGAUGAGCAUACUAAUUUGACCAAGUCUGGAAUUGUACAGCUAUUUAACCAUCCUCAUCCUCCCAGACAUUCAAUAGCACAGUUAUUGAGUAAUUUUCCAAGUAGAAGUAGCAUUCAGAAAAUACCCAGGCAAAGAAACAGAGAUCGUAGUCAUUCUUCAGUUGGUGCAGAAACACCUGUGAAACUUGAAGAUGAUGAAACUACUGAAGACUUACCCAGUGUGGUCAACAAUAGGCCAUCUCUAGGUUUCACAAGAUACCUCUCACAAAGUCGGACCUCAUUGAACGAAGAAAUCGAUCAUAAAUCGUCAAAAAGUCCUUCACGAAGCUCAAGUGUGGGCCCAAAAACCACGUCUUUCACCUCCCAUGUUUCGUCCAAGUCAAAAUUGCAAUCGAAUGUAGUAAAGAACGAUAGUAUAGUAUUACCAAAAGAUUAUAGGCCAGAGUUAGCUCUAGAUCUAUUGGAAAAAAGACAUAAUUUCUUUUCCAGAACAUUCCAUCCAGAAUUAUCCAAGAGGAUAAUUCCACCACAAGAUACUGAAGAAAAUCCAAGUAUCAUGAUCUCUAAUGACUCGACAGUACAAAAUUCGUUUACAAAUUUCAUUUUUUCAGAACCAUUCCAGAUGAAUUCAAAACUUAGUCCAAAUAGAAUCAAUAUGUUUCCCGUUGAUAGAAAUAAUAAAUAUCCUUGCAUUGGUAAACAAAGAUUGGAUACCAAGAAAAAUGAAAACUCAGUAUUUUGUAACUAUGUUGAAAUAAUAUCUAAGUGUAGAGUUAAAGAGCUGCAAGUUCUUGGUUGCUUGAUAAUUGAGAUAUUCUUGCCUAAAAGAAUGCAAGCCUUGAGUAUUAAUAGAAGAAAAAUUAAGUUUAACGACAGGCUAAAAGCUAGCGUGUCUGUUUUGAAGAGUUGCGAAUCGGAAAUUCCAUUGUGUGUCAAAUAUAUAGCCAAUUUAUUAUUACAACCGGAGACUGAGGACUUCCGAAACUUUUCUUAUCCAGUUAUCACUAAAUUUGGAUUGCCCAGCCCUAAUGCACAUCUUUUACUAGAACCUCUGGUGAAUUUCAAUAUUCCCUUUUCCAAACACUUCUCGAUGCUCUACAAACUUUUAUCAAUGCUCAAAAACUUGGACAACAUUUCUAAAGAAAUGAAUGUUUUGUAUCAUUUUGAUUGUGAUGGUACAACCUGCUCUAAUUAUGAAAAUUUGGAAAGAACCAAAAUUUUAUUCGUGCAGAAUAUUGCUGAAUGUAAAGUCAAGGCGUGUGUAAAACUGAUAACUGUUAUAUUUGAAGAACUAAACACCACAACAGAUGUUGAAGUUGUAAAUAUCUUAUUACCUUAUGUGAAGCAACUUAUCGAAGACCCACCAACAUCAGUGCUAGCAGCUUGGUAUCUCUUUGAUCCUAUGUCCAGGGUCAUGGGACCACAGAAAACAACCAAAACCUUAUUAGAAUCUGUUCUGAAACUCUACGAAAAUGAACCAAGUGAGAGUACUAUACCUUACCAUGGAAGAAUCGCAAAGUUGUACCAUCAUAGUUUUUUGUUGAGACUGAUGGUGAGGUUAGGCUUGAAAUGUUUUUUGGAUAAUUUUGUGGCGCCCAUUGUUGAAGCUAUAGGUGGCUACAAAGAUUACGAAAAAGUAGAUUUCAUACUUCAUUCUCAUCAUGAAAAAAUUCUGAAGAAAACGUCGCACUUGAAAAACAUGGAUGCAGAAGUAUGUGAGAGUUCACCCAGUGACGAUUCCAGUUUCAGCUCGGCUAGUAAGCCAAGCAUGUCUUGCCAAUCGUUAAAACCCUCGCAAGAACCCGAAAUAUUCGAAUUCGAGGAAGACAAACCGUCAGAGAAACAACUGAAGUCACUGAUGGAACAUUUGGAACUUAAUGUAUCCUCGGACCUUCCUUUCAAUCAUUCUGCUGCGGAAGAGGCAUUGGAUGCUGCUCUGUCAGAGAAUAUUGAGCACCUCAGAAGUUUGGAAGAACUGAAUAUCAACAUUAGUAAAGAUUAUGAUGAGAAACUCUUGAUGUCCCCUACAAUUCCAAUACCUACUUGUAAAUCAACAGAAUUCAACAAUAUAAGUUGUGAGAUUGGUAGCAAGAAGAGUGAAAAUGAAUUGUAUGAUAAACAAUCUAUGGAGGCUGAAAACAUGAGUGACCAUCUGGAAUCCCCCGAUGUGAAAUCGUCGUGUUUGAGUUCAGCUUCUGGAUCAACCAAAAAUAACAAACGUGAGACCAAAAUAUCAGAUAUGAGUUCAGAUAGUUUGCUCUGGCUGUCCCAUCGUCUAGGACCUGUUUUGACAGCACGCUAUCUUUCUAGAAAUCUUCUAAAGAUGUUGACGUUAUGCUAUGUUAGUAAAGAGAACUUGAUUGCCACAAGCGAUUACGAUCCUCAAAAUGAUAUUAUCUCUGUCACUUCGAGUUACGUUGUCGGAGAUCUGAAUGCUGUUAAAGUUUUGGAUUGUUUGGGGAACAUUGCAGGUCUUUAUGGAGAACAGUUCAUUUUAUUCCAAUAUAUUCCGCACAUGAGUGAACUUAUUGCCUUGUGUAAGAAAAAAAUAACACCCAACUUUGAAGGAGGCCUUAUUUCAUGUUUGGCACUACUCAAACAUGUUAUCCCGUAUAUAUCUGACUCCACUCUAAUGGAUCAACUACAAGAUAAUAUUCUUAAGAAUGUUAUCCAUCCGACUGUCCGCUUGCUAGGAUCGACAAAAUAUAUAUUCCCUAGCGGAUAUAUUGCAAGGGCAGUUCUAGCUAAAAAAUACCUGGAUGCUAUGUAUGUUCUGAGCAUAAGAAUUGGUGCUGACAUGACUCGAACGCAUCUAGCUGUACCAGCUUUGCAGAGGUUUUUUUUAAUCUUCGACAAAGUACACACUAAUGAAAAUUACAAUAACUAUGAAGAACAAAAAGUUAUAACUUCUUCACAGGAUCAAGAUAGUAUUAUUGAAUUGAACAAAGAUGGCUCUGCGAGGGAGUGGAAUAUCAGCGGUAUUCGCCCCAUACAGAUCACCCAUGUUCUCAAUUCUCAGAGUACAGAAAGCAUGUCCCCACCUGUUGGGGAGUCGCCUAAAGCUAGUGCUCCAGCCGAUGCGGCUUUGGAAGAAUUACAGCUUGUGUUCACGGCUGAAUUAGCUCAUACGGCUUACGUGCCGUUUCUCAAACACCUCGGACUGGCUUCUAUCGAAAUAUCCUUGAAAAAUCACGAUACAAUAAAAUUUUUAUGCAAGGAAUACGGGAAUGAGGCUGAACGUACCCUUUCCAAAGAGAUCACCACUGUAAAAACAGCAGAUACCAGCAAGACAUCCAAUAUAACACAUUCCAGUAGCAUAGGUAGCAAUGUGGCGGUGAUUGGAAACAGAAUAGAAGUUCAGUACGACUCUGAUGCAACCCCAAACACCGAUUUGCUCAAUUUAGUUAGUAACAAGAUAGAGAAUAACAACAGGCACCUGAGAGGAAACUGGCUGGCUUACUGGGGCCACGAGAUCGGAAGAUCGGAGAAGGACGUGAUGUUCAGUUUCAAACAGAUCAAGUUGCAAAGUUUCAACGGACACAACAACAGCGUCAAGUGUUUAUAUUCGCUGGAUAACGAGAAUAGUUUCAUGUCUGGAAGCAGGGAUAAGACUGUCAAGUUGUGGUCGUUGAGAUCGCAAGGGGAUGGAUCUAGUGUGUCGAAUUGUCAGUGGACCUAUACAGCUCAUAAAAAAUCCGUUCUUGCCAUAACAUUCAUCGAAAGUAUGAGACUUGUCGCGUCAUGUGAUAGCGUAAUACAUAUUUGGGAUCCGUUCAUGGGUGUCAACGUGGGACUUUUGGAGUCACCUAAGUAUGCCCCCGUUAACACACUGAAAAGUAUGCCUGCCCCGUCUUGUUUGGUGUAUGCGGCUACCACAGAUGGCACCCUUAAAGUUAUAGAUACAAGGUUAUGCAGUUAUAUAUACGAACUAAAGGUUAAUUUGAACCCACCCGGCCUUAUUCGAUGCCUUGCAGUCUCCCCAACUGGGUUGUGGAUCGCAGCUGGACAAUCUUCAGGAUAUAUUGCUGUGUUGGAUACCAGGACGGGCCUAAUAAUGUCGUCGUGGAGAGCUCAUGAGGGCGAGGUCUUGCAGCUGGUUACAGUAGACAAUAAUACCCUUAUUUCUAGUAGCCUCGAUCAAAACAUAUCUGUUUGGAAUGUACCCGAUGGAAAAUUCAAGUUUCACAUGAGAGGUAGCACCGAACCAGUUCACUGCCUCAACAUCUACAAUACAGAACUGAUCUCAGGUUCCACUGCGAACAGGAUUGGAGUCCACACAUCAAUAGACGUAGACGCUAGUUUUUCUAGUACUAAAUUAAGAUCAGACGCAUUCAAAGGUCUGUUAACGUCAAUGGUUCUUUUACCUUUGAAUAGACUAUUAUUAUUAGGCGCCGACACUGGCAGUAUAAGUCUUUUAUGUUGAGUAGGGAGUCCUGCCUUCUUUCGGUUUCAUUCAAUGCAAUAAAAUUGAUUAUAGAGAUGUUUUGAUAUUGAGACCAGUUCAGAACUGCCCAAAAUUAUCACAUUUUCCAUUCGUCAAAUCAAAUCUUGACAGUGAAAAGUAAUUCCACAGGUGCAGUGUUCAGAUUUUUUCAUUUGAUUUUCUUUGGAUGGUUCAGAUUCUUGACUUCUAUUCUAAUAUUUUGAAUUCGAAUGUUGCAAGAAAAAAAUUGAAAAGAAACCGGAAGGGAAUUGCAAAACUGGAAUGUUCGAUAAGCGAUUUACCUAUCAUUUAUGCAAGAUUAGUAUUCCAAGCAACAUGUCAAAAUUUGCUUUUUAAGGCUCACCACGAUUUCUUGCUUUGAACCGUUCCUUAUUUUAAGAAUUCUUCAAUAAGUUUUCACCCUUGAAAUUCCACUCAAAAAGGUGAUAAUAUUUAGGUUCAUAAUAAUAAUCUUUAAUUAUUUCUAGUCUAGUAUUUUGGAUAUUCCAAAUAAUUCCUAAAACCUUUGACUUGUUGGGGGUUAAUUAUUUUAAUUUUGAUUAUAAAUAUCUAUUUUUAUUGCGAUUUGAAAAGUAAUCAUAAAUCCUUUCAAUAGGUACACAUAAUAUUGGAUUGAUGAAAUUCUUAUAUCUUGAUAUUUUCGUUGGGAGUAGUUUUUCCUUAUUUAGUGGUAUCGGACAUUGCGAUCACUUUUUGGUGUAGUAGUAGUUAAAUUUGAGAUUUUCACUUAUAUUUGUAUGUAACGAUUAGAUCUGGUGGUAUUGAAGUAGAAAAAGGAUAAUUCGAGAAUAUUCCAAAUACUGAAAGUAAAGGGAAAAGUUUCCCAUUGUGUGAAAGCAUAUUUUGAUAAUUUAUAUAAUUUGCAUUGAACCAAAGAAAAUAAAUAGCCUUUUAAAAUUGGUAUUAUACAGUAAGAUCAAACAUCAAGCAACAUUUCUGUUAUAUUUCUGAAUAUGUGAUAUGAUUUUGUUCAGAACUAUUAUUGGUAUAACUAAUUUUUGAAAAUAUUAUAUUUAUACGAUUAUGUGUUUGAAUUUCUGUUAAUAAAUAUUAUUGAAGUA